AUGUAUUCAUUCGAAGGUGAUUUUAGGCGCAAGCCUCAGCAAAAUUUAGCAGGUGCUAGUGGUCAGAGAAAAACUGAUAGAAACACUCUUAUACUACAAACACAACAACAGAGGCAAAAGAGAGAGGUGGCCCUAUCUCAACUCUUGCUUAAGCAAUGGAAGAGGUUAUUUCAGUUGGGAGAUUGCUCUGUGCAAAUACGCAGACUUUUAGCAUUGCACUUACAUUUUUUAAGAGAUGAUAGUGAGGUUCCACUAGCUGUACCAUUACGAAUGUUUGAAGUAUUUACCUCUGUUAAUUCUCUUAAAGAAUUUAAAAAUCAUGAUGAGUCUCUCAGUAUAAUUGGAAAAUCAUUUCUAUAUUUAGUUAAAAGAGGCUAUUUCAAGGAUUUAUGUAUCCUGUUAUGUCAAAAAACACCACCAUUAUACGGGCCAUCCCCGAAUCCACCUACUCCGUUAUGCGGAGCUCUUUUCGAUCUUAUCCAAAGGCCGCUACAAUUAACCACACAUAUCAAAGAUUCAGAAUAUGAUGACACAAUAAUGACUGAAUUCACAGCCGCCUACCUCUGUAACCAUUAUCCUGAACCAGUUGAGAUGUACAUACUGCCAGCUUUAAUUCAUGAUAAGAAGUUCCCAUUUCUAUCACUACUACAAUGUCUGACCGAUGAAAAGUUUAGUACUGGCAGAAUUGUUAAUGAUUCCUGGUUACUGCAUUCCAUUUUAAUAUUAGAACCUAUUGAGUUUGUGAAACACUUACGAGAGAUUGAUAACCCGAGACUGUCAAACAAUAAGAUUGUAUUAGCAUAUAUGAAAAUACUAGCCAAAUUAACAGUAAACGUCUGCAAUAAGCAAAUAACAUAUGAAUAUGAGGAUUCCCUGUACAGCCAUGAGACAGCCGCUGAUAAUGAUGAUUCAAGUGAUAGUGAGAAUGAACCGAACCCAACCUCAGUCAGAGAACAGAUGUUACUGACGAAAUGUAUAGAGAUAUUGAAUGAGACGGAUAAAUGUGUUAUGAUGACUUGCUCACAGAUUAAAGAGAAUGACUUGAGUGAUGAGUUCCUUGACUAUAUGUCGAAGAUAUGUCACAAUCUGCUUCUGAGUCACAGGAUGGCGUUGCAUAAAUAUCGAUUGCUCUACACAUUAGCCUUCAAACCAAUCUUCCUCCGUGGCCUGUGGCAAUGGUUGAGCAGUAUGAGUCACGAGUCGUCGUUCGGUGGUUCAUCCACUCCGCUGUUGUCAGCGCUCUCUCGCGGCAUGGGAGCUGAAACAUCAGUCAUCGGCGUCCACAGAUUAUUGGCGCCACUGGCUGUGUUUUGUGAACUCUUCUCCCUACUCAUCGGUACAUUACAUGACACCGAAUUCUUUACGGACACCGAUGGAGAUGAGAAAAUGAGUAUAACGAGUACAUCCAGUGGUACUAGCAGAGUGCACGCGUUCGACUUCUCAGAGCUGGGCGGGUUGUGUCGCACGUUGAAGCAAGUCUGCCUCGGUCUGGUGGAGCUCGCGUACCCUGAGUCUAGACCGGCUGUAGUGGGGCACUACAAGGACGCGGUGGGGGGACACCACGAUGUAGAGGACAGGAAUCAGACACCGGCUUGGGCUCAUUUGUUUAAGGUGUGUACGCAGUUGUUGCGUUCGCUGUACGCUCGUGACGCCCGCCUGCAGUUCGUCGGUGGGACGAGCGUGGGCAGCGUGGGCGGUGUGGGCGGCGUGGGCGGUGCUUGGGUGGCGGCAGGCAGCGCGCCCAGUGAGACCGAGGCUGCACUCGCAGCUGUUCGAGCUCCUCGCACGGCCAGACCUUACAGGGCCUAUGUACCUAGACUGGCUCGAGCUGAACAAGAUGAAGGGCCGCCUCUUACAAUCAAGGAGCUGAGGACCGUCACUAUACUGAGAGAAAUACCGUUCGUGGUGCCGUUCUCAACACGAGUUCUUAUAUUCCAAGGACUUUUACUUAGAGAGAAGCACGACCAUUGGUAUGAGAUGACAAACUUCAACGAGGGACCUUCAAUAAUCAUCAGCGUGAGACGGACCCAUCUGUAUGAAGACGCGUUUGAUAAACUCAGCCAGGAGCCAAAUUUGAAACUUAAACUCCGUGUCCAGUUAAUAAACCAAGCGGGCGCCGAGGAACCCGGUGUUGACGGCGGAGGACUGUUCAGAGAGUUCCUCUCAGAGUUAUUGAAGUCAGCGUUCGAUCCCAACCGCGGUCUGUUCCGCCUCACCAAGGACAACAUGUUGUACCCCAACCCUGGGGUCCAUCUCUUGUAUGAUGAUUUUCCAAUGCACUACUACUUCGUUGGACGAAUGUUGGGAAAGGCCUUAUACGAGAAUCUUCUAGUAGAGCUGCCUCUGGCGGAGUUCUUCCUAGCCAAGUUAUGUUCUACUAGAGAGCCGGACGUUCAUGCGCUAGCGUCCCUGGACCCAGGCUUGUACCGAGGCCUGCUGAUGCUGAAGGCUCACCGCGAAGACGUGUCCGACCUGGGACUCGACUUCACUAUACUCAGUGACGAGCUUGGAGAACAACGGAUUGACGAAUUAAAACCUGGUGGUGCAAAUAUACCGGUAACAGCGGAGAACAGGAUAGAAUAUAUACAUCUUGUUGCGGACUAUAAGCUCAAUAGACAAAUAAGGUCGCAAUGUAUAGCGUUUAAACGCGGUUUAACGUCUGUGGUAAACGCGGAAUGGCUGCGAAUGUUUUCAUGUAGAGAACUCCAGUUGUUAAUAUCUGGCGCGGAGGUGCCAAUAGAUUUGGUCGACCUGAGAAGACAUACGCAGUAUGGAGGCAAGUACACAAAAAUAUAUAUAAAUGAUGUUAGUGGUUUCUCCGAUUCUCACCCCACUGUGCAGUGUUUCUGGAAGGUUCUGGAAGGAUUCACGGAUCACCAGAGACGACAGCUGCUCAAGUUUGUCACGAGCUGCUCCCGACCACCGCUACUAGGCUUCAAGGACCUGCAGCCUCCAUUCUGCAUUCAGUCAGCGGGCGGGUCUGACCGGCUGCCCUCAUCCUCCACAUGUAUGAACCUCCUCAAGAUACCCGAGUAUCACUCUCAAGACGUGCUCGCUGAUAAACUACUGUACGCCAUACAAGCUGGCGCCGGGUUUGAACUCAGCUAA